AGAAUGGGUAGCACUCGUUUCCUGGUGUGAAGGAGACGGUACAGGGCGAAAUAGGACUCUUGGAUUUUCCUAUACUGUUAAAACGCGCAGUCACAUAGAUAUUGGAUUUAUUCAUUUAGUCGCUUGGAUGGCAGGCUAUUGAAGUACAACGAGCCGGAGAAGAAGGUCGUGUAAAGGUUACCUGUGGCCUCGGGUGGCAUUAGGGCAGAUUGACAGGUGUCUGCAGAAAUGGAUGCCCUUAUCCCGGUCAUCAACAAGCUGCAGGAAAUCUUCCUGACAGUUGGUGCUGAAGUUAUUCAACUUCCGCAGAUUGUGGUUGUGGGAUCCCAGAGCAGUGGGAAGAGUUCAGUACUAGAGAGUAUUGUUGGGCAGGACUUUCUGCCUCGUGGAUCAGGCAUUGUAACACGUCGCCCACUGGUACUGCAGCUGAUUCAUGUAGGGUCACCUGAGGAUCGAAAGCAAGCAUUGGCCGCUGGUGACAAUGAAAGAGGGGCAAAGCAAAAUACAAUCAACUGCCACCCAGGAAUAAAGGCAGAGCAAUGGGGUACUUUUCUUCACUGUAAGAAUAAGAUUUUUACAGAUUUUGAUGAAAUCCAACAAGAAAUUGAGAGUGAGACUGAGCGAACAACAGGAAACAAUAAGGGGAUUAGUCCAGAGCCAAUACAUCUAAAGAUCUAUUCUCCACAUGUACUGAAUCUUACAUUAGUGGAUCUACCAGGCAUCACCAAGGUGCCCGUAGGUGAUCAGCCACAAGACAUUGAGGUCCAAAUAAGGGAAAUGAUCUUGGCAUACAUAGGAAACCCAAAUUGUAUUAUUCUAGCUGUUACUGCGGCAAACACAGACAUGGCUACAUCUGAGGCGCUAAAAUUGGCCCGUGAUGUUGACCCAGAUGGUCGUCGGACACUAGCAGUAGUAACAAAGUUGGAUUUGAUGGAUGCUGGGACUGAUGCCAUGGAUGUUUUAAUGGGCCGUGUCAUUCCUGUGAAACUUGGCAUCAUUGGAGUUGUCAACAGAAGCCAACAUGAUAUCAAUAUCAGAAAGAGCAUAGUAGAAGCAACACAAGAUGAACAGGCGUUUUUGCAAAGAAAAUACCCAUCUUUGGCCAAUCGCAAUGGCACUAAAUAUUUAGCAAAGACACUUAAUCGAUUGCUUAUGCACCACAUUCGAGACUGCCUACCUGAGUUAAAAACUCGAGUAAAUGUGCUUACUGCACAAUAUCAGAGUGUACUGAACAGUUAUGGGGAACCGGUGGAAGAUCCUAAUGCUACUCUGCUACAGAUUAUUACCAAAUUUGCUACGGAGUACUGCAAUACCAUUGAAGGCACAGCCAAAAAUAUUGAGACAUCUGAACUGUGCGGAGGUGCUAGAAUCUGUUAUAUAUUUCAUGAAACAUUUGGUAGAACACUGGAGUCCAUUGACCCACUUAGUGGACUUACAAUGCUUGACAUCUUGACUGCAAUCAGGAAUGCAACGGGUCCCAGGCCAGCAUUGUUUGUUCCAGAAGUAUCUUUUGAACUUCUGGUGAAGAGACAGAUAAAACGUCUGGAGGAGCCAAGCCUGCGCUGUGUGGAACUGGUGCAUGAGGAACUGCAGAGGAUUAUUCAGCACUGUACAACUUAUAACACCCAGGAGCUCCUACGUUUCCCCAAAUUACAUGACUCAAUUGUUGAGGUUGUAACUGGCUUAUUGAGAAAGAGGCUUCCGAUCACUAAUGAUAUGGUUCACAAUCUUGUAGCAAUUGAACUGGCAUACAUCAAUACAAAACACCCUGAUUUCACAGAUGCAGCUUUGGUCUCUGCAUCAGUAAAUAGUGCACAGACUGAGACAGUACAAGACAGUGGUCGCAGGUGGAAAAGUGAGAAGCCAGCAGAUGAGCGAAUAAGUGAAGAGAAAACCAAAGGAACUCCACAGAACUCUGCAUUCAACAGCCCAUCAAGAGGACACGCAGUCAACCUGCUGGAUGCACCUGUUCCCGUUUCUCGUAAAUUAACACCUCGUGAACACCGAGACUGUGAGGUUAUACAAAGACUGAUCAAAUCCUAUUUUUUGAUUGUGCGCAAGAGUAUACAGGACAGUGUUCCCAAGACCGUUAUGCACUUUCUUGUGAAUUUUGUGAAGGAACAUCUUCAGAGUGAGUUAGUUGGCCAGUUAUACAAGUCCCAACUGUUGGAUGGGUUGCUAACUGAAUCUGAGGAUAUGGCUCUUCAGCGUACUGAGGCUGCUAAUAUGCUAAAGGCACUUCAGAAGGCCAGUCAUAUCAUCUCAGAAAUUAGAGAGACGCAGCUAUGGUAGUAGAAGGCAGCUGUAUCAGAGAGGACCAGAUGAAGUUAACAUUUGGAACUUUUUGUCCCUACUCCUUCCUUACACCUUACAAUCUGUACAUUCUGGCCAGUUGAACAAAAUUACUCCUUGUCACAAUGCAUGAGCUUCUAGGUGGGAGUUUUUUAAUUGGUAUUUCAUACCAUUCAGGGAUUUCUAUGUUAUGAAAAACGUAGUGAUUUUUGUGCCAUUUUUAAAGCAGCUCGCUGAUGUCCUUGAGGCAUAUUUUUCAAAAGUCUGUUUGUUGUCAAAUGAAUUAGAUACCUCUCUCCAUAAUUUGUAAUGAUGCUAUUGCAAUUUAGCAAGUCCUUAUCUAAACUGUUUAUCAUUUCCUAUGAAGCAGUAUGUCCAGAUGACCUUAUUCAUAUUUUUUGUUUCCUCCGUGAAAGCUUUAUUUUUAGUAUUAUUCUGAAUUAAUCUUUUCCUAUCACAGGCCAGUCUCUGGAAUGGCUCCUUGUAUAUUGGAGUCCAUUGGCACAGUGGUACAAAUUACAAAGGUGCAUGUUGAACUGGAUUUCCAUUAAACCUGCUCUUAGCUGUUAAAUUGUCAUUAUGCAGAAGUCUAAAGCAUAUGAGAAAUAAUUGUGCACAGACCCUGGUGGCUGUGUCUGGAUGUGCCUAAAAGUUUUACUGGCAGAGCUGAAUUCAUUCCAACUGUGCUUUAUUUCAGACCAACAAUUACUGGUGCUUUUUUUUUAUUUUUUAUUUUAAUUUUAAUAUAAAACACCAUGUAUUUUUUCCAUCCUUUUAAACCACACAGGAGAAUGUUCUAGUUGUAAUAUUAAGACAGUUUUUUCACUGCUAACUGGGAUAGUCUCUCCCUGUUUUACACUUGAAACCUUAAAAAAUAUUUAUGUAGCUUCUUGCCUACUCUGCCACACUCACACUUGUUUCACCUUUGAACUUUUCGUUACUGCACUGAUUUACUGAAAGAACAGCAUGUUUGGAGUGACUUGUCUUAUUCGUUUAGGUGGGACUUCUGAGUAAAUGCUGGUUUUGGAGUACUGUAUUUGUGAUGUACAAACAUGAUUCACCUUUAACACGACCAAAGAGUGUUAGUUUCUGGACCUGAGCAAACCACAGUAAUGACACAUAAAAAACAGCAUUUUCUGAGACAACUAUUGCUACUUAGAAAAAAAAUCCUAAUAUUUAAUAUUAAUUCUAAUUAGAUUCCGAAACUGUUUUCUUUCCAGUUUGUCCAUUGAAAUUAAGUGAAUGUGACUGAAGGCUUGAUAAUAUGUGCUGGACAGAUUUUAGAUCCUUUGUCAGAGUAAGAAUAAACAGAACAUUUAUCCAAAUGUGUUUGUAUAGCAUCCAUGGGACCUUUCAUAGAGACUGUCAAAUUGAUUUAUUAUAGUAAUAUAAAUGAAUAGAAAGAAUGGAAUGAAGUUAACUAGAUUAAAUGGAAAAUAUUGUGACUGAUAAGUGAAUGGCUAAAAAAGGGGUAGGGACAUUCUGGGAAGGAGCAUAUUAGGAGAGGAGCUGCAUGCCGGGAUGAGUACUUCUGUAAAGGAGUUUGAGAGUUGAAGUAUUGAUCAGAAAUGGGACUUCAUGCUGAAACUGCCUGCUUGCCUGCACUAUUUGUUUAUACUAAACCAAGGUGUAAAUGUGACUGUGUGUGUCUCUUUUUUUGUAGAUAUAAAACAAAAAAAAAUUACACUGUCUGUAUUAAUUUAUUUUAUAUAGUGCCUUUCAUACUGAACACUUAUGAAGGACUGUACAAGGCAAUCAAGAAUAAGACUAAAAAAACAAAAGAAUGACAAAUACAUUGAAGAUGAGGCAAUGCAAACAGUAUAAUAAAGCCAUGCUAAAUACAUUUUUAGUUAUUUGCUAAAUCAAAGAUCUAUUUGUAUGUUAAUGUAAUAGUUUGGUAUAUUUUUGUAACUGUGUUAAUGUCCAAUGUUAAAAUAUAAAUAAGAAAUUGAAUAGUAUAAAGUGACAAUUAUGUGGAUAAGCUUGAAACAUUGCAAACAGAUAAAAGAUAAAAUCUGACAGUA